AUGGAACUGGUCCAACCCUUUAUCGCUAGUGAAGGACUAACGGACCCUGAGCCAAUUGGUCAGGGCCUUGAAUUCGUUGUCUUCAAAGCAAAAUCAGAUAAACAUGGCUAUGUCGCCCUUCGGGUGCCUCGACAAAAAGUCUUCAGAAAUGUGAAUGACCCUAGCACCAACGCCAAGCAGCUGAUCUACCAAGAGCUUAAGAUAUAUGAACUUCUCCGUGGCGGACCCGUGCCAGUCCCAAAACCCCUUUGUCUCCUCGAGAUACGUGACUAUCCAGCGAUGCUUAGCUCAUAUGUCCCCGACGAUGGAUCAGAAGUGCACCCAGAGGAACUUGGCCGACUUGCUGCCCUUAUACAUUCUACCCAGCUACCUUUGGACUGGAACGUCGAGUUAGCGGCUAUGGAGGGCACAGAUGUCCUCACAGCGCUAGUGCAAAGAGUUUUGAGGCGUUUUGACCAACUCGCAAAAGAGGAACCAAGUGUAAAUGACUGGGCCCUGACAAAGAAUGAAUUAGAGCCCAUUAUAGUUCUUCUAAGACAUUUACCCUCAUGCCUGCUACAUAUGGAUCUCCGUGAUGCCAACUUGCGCAUCUGUAAGGGCAAGCCUGUUGCGGUAAUCGACUGGACAAACGCGCUUAUUGGACCCGCUGCCGUGGAUUUCUUUCGAAUCAUGGAACUGAGCCGACCAGGAGAUGCAUUUAUUAAUGGUUAUUCGACUAUCAAAAGUCCGCCUAAAGUCACGAUGGACGAAGAGGCCUUCUUACGUUUAGAUGCUGCUUUGAUGAUUGCGUUGGUUUUUAUAUCAGAAGCUCCUGAUCAGAAGAGGAGAGAACCGAGUAUCAGGCGUGUCGAAGAGCUAGCCCGGAUGUUGCGACCUGCAAACAAUUCCGUUCAUUCUAGCUUUUCUUCGCAGAAAUGA